ACAGGAGAUUAGCUCCUAAAUCGCGCAUAGGAUGUUCAUACAAUAUACAGAGGCUCCAGAAUUUAAUGAAUUAUUAAUAAAUGUCUUCAUGGCGUAAUAUUUAGGUUUCUUUUUAACGUGAUACAGUGUGCUUUGAAUUAUUAAUACACAAUUUUUCAUAAAGACUUUCCUAAUAGGAGCAAAAAUCCAUUCUAGAAUGGCUUUAUUCCGCUCAAGUUUAGGAUUUCUUCAUCCGGUGUAAACAAGGAGCACCGAAAUGUUUCAGUAAGACAGGUUUCAUAAAAGGAGACUUAUUGGAAUAAACAAGACUUGGAAAUGGGAGCAAAAACAUCAAAAUCUGAAUCAAAGCUGGACCAAAAGUCCAUAGAAAAGCUUCAGCAUUUGAUAAAAGGUGAACUCUCUGAAGAGGAGAUACAGAGCUGCUUUAAGACGUACCAGGAGAGUCGACAGACGCACAAGUCGGAUCUUACCAGGGACGAGUUUAAGAAAGUGUAUCGCGGAAUCUUCCGCUGCGACUCGUCGGAGUUUGCCGAGCACAUAUUUCGGACUUUUGACCAGAACAACGACGGUCAUGUGAAUUUCCAGGAAUUUCUGCUUGGGCUGUGCCUGGCCGGAAGUAAGGACAUUGAGACGAAAAUCACGUGGGCCUUCAAGGUGUACGACAUCGACGGGGACGGCACGAUCUCGUGGUCGGAGAUGAGAAACAUCAUCAAGUCUGUGUGUAACAUGGCCAGUGAAAGCUUGGUUGACCAGAUAGACCGGGAACUGACGGCCUCGCACCGCGACCACCAGCCUCCGCUUUUCGACCGCGCGGCGGACGGCUCACACGAGACGCGCGACAAGAGCGCGGAGAUAGCGGACAAGAUCUUCCUGGAGCUGGACCAGAAUAGGGACGGCUAUGUAACCCUGGAGGAGUUCAGGGAUGGUGCUCUCAAGAUGCCCCUAGUCGUCAAUCUACUAGAGUGUGCCACCGACGGAUAGAUAUAUGUCGCCGCCAGCGGCGGCGGAAUACGGGUGGUGAUAUGAACGAGACAUAUCGGAGGUGAAUUGAAUGCAACCGCGGACGCGAAAUCCUUUAGUGAUACGCAUUUCGCUUUGGCAGCAAAAUAUUAGUUUUAUAUUGCUUACUUAUGUUUUUUUUUGCAUAUUGACUUUUUUAUUCUGAAAGGAAGAAGGUUAUUCUGAGAGGUGUUGUAAGUGUCAUUGACUGGUGAACAUCUUGAUUUCACGGUACCAAACUUUACGGUUUCAAUUUGUUAGAUAUGACAUAUAUGGAAAACGUAAGUAGUAUUGUAUUGAAAAACUCUACUAUAACAGGGAGGUUUCAUUGUAACGAAAACAUGCCGAGUUUGCAAUUAGCGAACGUAUUAAUACUACAAAAGCCCCAAUUCAGUUAAAAUAUGUUUUGCUCAUUUUCAUGAAAAAAACUCUGUAACAUGAUAAUCUACAUGCUGGUAUAUAGAUGCACAUACUUGUACAUUGUAAGUUUGCAUUUUAUAGACGAUAUCAGGGUUUGUAGUACGAGUGCACUUAACAUGCGACUAAAAAGUUUAGCCAAGGCUCAACCGAGACUUUCUAUUUCCUGGUGAAUGGAUUCUUGGAAUUUCAUGGUUGGUGAUAUUCUUGCUCAGUUGUGCGUAUUGACUGUAUUGAUGUAAUGUUGGCUAUAACUCGUUUGAUAACGUGUCACUAGUCUGGAAUAUUAUUUUCAAAAUGUUGUAUUCGUUGUAAAUGACUCCUGGGCAUUAUCGAUAUUGUAGCCUUACGAUUCUAGCAGAAUUUGGACAAAUCCAAAAGAGAGCUUCUAAAUGUAAAGUUGUUACUAACUACAACAAUACCAAUCCAAGAGAGUGUUUUAUAAUUAUUAAAAGAGAACAAAACAGAACAGGUAUCUACUAGAAACGAUGAGACAAGCAAUAAAUCAAUGUCGACGUUAUUCAUACAAAACAAACGAGCAUUUCUAGGGCAUGUACUAAAUUAAUUCAAAAUCGAAUUAAGCAUCACGGGCAGUUAAUUAACUUGGGCAAUACCUGUAGAUCCAUAUUUGAAACCCUAGUGACUUAUAAAUCAACAGCUCAAAGGUCACCAGAUAGACCCCAGUCAUGGUCAUCGUUCAAAACAGGUAUUAAAAAAAUAAAUAGAGCGUCUAAUAACUAAAUGUAUUGCUUGAAAGUUGCAAGAAAUUAACCACUGUCUUGUUAAUAUAAACAUAUUGGCUGUCACUUGCAUUCAUCUUUAUGCAAGAUUAUAUCUGCAUAGCUUAAAUUGCCUGUAUUCUUAAACUUAUAUUAUAAAUUUAACUUACUUAUUGCUGCAAUGAGGACGCAACCAUGCACACGUUUUACUGGAAUCUUUCACUCUUGAACUCAUAUAACAACACUUAGAACUGGUCAAUAACUGUACAUACUAUCCUCAAACUUGGAACGCGUGUUGGUCGUAUUCUUAAAUUAUUAAACAGACAUUUAAUGCGAAAUGAUUAAUUGGCUGCCAUAAGAGGGCAUACAUGUUUUACACAUAAUGGUGACGUCACGGCUGUCAGCAUGUCAACACGAAACGCUUUUUCAGUGUGUGAACACAAAAGCACAUACAUAUUGGGUACAUUUGUAUUUCUGCACCAUUUAUAUAUAUAAAUUCGGUUAUGUAAUACAUUGUUUAUCUAAUAAAUUA